AGUCGCGUUAAUCGAGUGGAGUGAACACGAUGUGGAAGUUGUCCUGUGUUGUGUUCUGUGCUGUGGCUGUGAACUGUAUGCCAGUGGUGAAGAGGAACGCACAGGAGUAUGCCAACAUCUCCGCCGUACAACGACUGCAGGAGUACCUAAGGAUAGACACUAGUGAUGGCAAAAAUUUGGAUGUGUCGACGGAGUUCUGGCAUCGGGAGGCCCUGGCGCUGGGUCUGGAGUUUAACGUGUACUCUCCAGCCGGCCUGCCCGUUGUGGUGAUGACGUGGAACGGCACCGAGCCGGAACUGCCCAGCAUCAUGCUCAACACCCACGCCGAUGUUGUUCCUGUCUAUGAGUCAGAAUGGACGUACCCGCCGUUUUCAGCGCACAUAGACGAGAACGGAGACAUGUACGCGCGCGGCACGCAGGACACCAAGAGUGUGGCGAUACAGUACAUCGAGGCCAUCAGAAGACUGAUAGAGAACGGGGUGACAGUGCGGAGGACUCUGCACGUCACUGUUAUGCCAGAUGAGGAGGUAGGGGGUGAUCGUGGCAUGCGAGCGUUCAUCAAGACCGACGAGUUCAAGUCCCUGAACGUCGGGUUCGUCAUGGACGAGGGUCUCGCCUCCCCCGACGACACGUUAUACGCCACUUAUGUGGACAAGAGACCUUGGCAAAUGGAAAUAACAAUCCAUGAAAACAGCGGUCAUCCAUCGAGCUUACCAGAAAAGGAUAUUGUUACAAAGCUGCAGACACUUUUAAAUAUGACGGCAAACUUCAGAAAGGAUCAAGUGGAAAUCAAGAAAGCGCUACAACCCUUGGACUUCGGUAGCUACGGCACUUUGAAUAUUAAUCGAAUUACGGGAGGCAUUGCCAACAACGUAAUUCCAAGUACCAUUACAGUAAUCGUAGACGUCAGACUAGCUAUGUCUACCACCGCGACGGAAGCUCAGCAAAUGGUAGACACGUGGACUCGAGCCCUCGGCAACGGAACUAAAGUAAAGUUCAUCAGGAAGAUCGACGAAUCCGUGCCCACCGCUAUUGAUGAUAGUAACCAGUACUGGGUCGCCAUCAAGGAUGCUGCUAAUGAUUUGGGACUAAAAAUUCUGCCCAUCGUCUGCCCAGCCACAUCAGAUAUGAUCUACGUGAGGAGUCUGGGUAUACCGGCGCUGGGCUUCGCGCCCAAAAUCCGCACCAUCAACCGCCUGCACGAUCAUGAUGAAUACCUCCCUGUCCCCGUGUUCCUGCAGGGCAUAGAUAUAUACGUCGCCAUACUGAUGAGGAUAGCGAAUUUACAAUAGACCUUUUACACUAAUGUUAGGUGCGCUAAAUGAAGUAUUUUUCUGUUCUUUAACAGAACUACGUUAAUAGAGACAAAGAAAAGUAAAAGUACCAACGUACAUAUUUGCCUCUAUUAAAGGUAGAUGUUAAAAAAUAUUUAAAAUAUCAGUUAAAGCCACCUGAACGUGU